AUGAACGACUCAGUGUUGGAAAGUCUUGAUGAGAUUAUUGAGGCUGCCAAAUCGCCGUCGAGAAAGUCAAAAUCUCUGGAAAUGAUUGAGGAAACGAGGCAAACGCCCGAGAAAAGCCCGGAAAAGGAAAAUAUGGAAAGGAGAGAAAAGAGCCGAUCAAAGUCUUCAUCCUCAUCCUCCUCCUCCUCCUCUUCAGAGGGUAUCCCGCGAAUUCCAACGCCAACAAUUGAGGCUGGGCCCGAUGCAGACUCUGACGCGCCCUCAUCUGAUGACUCGGAGGCUGACGAGUACACAGUCGAGAAAGUGCUCAAUCACAAGAAGCUCCGAAAUGGGAAAUUGGAGUUUUUGAUCAAAUGGGAGGGUUAUGGGGACGCUGAUAACACAUGGGAACCAGAGGAGAAUUUGAGUUGCGCCAACAAAAUCGCCGAGUACUGGUCUUCAAAGAAAGCCGAUAUUCCCACUGAGAAAUCUCGCGCAACCACUCCACAAAAGAAAAAGGAAAAGAAAAAGAAGUCAGCCGAAAUGGUCGAGCUUUCCGAGAGUGAUGACGAUGAGCCGCUUUUCAAGAAAAGAAAUUCCAAAGUUCUUCUCGAAAGUGCAACGGAUCAGCCAAGGAAAGAAGGCACUUCGUUGAACGUCGAGGAAUUGUUUGGAACCAGCUUGAAGCCAAAGGACGAAAAGCGAAGGCGAACGGUGAAAGAAGUGGAAAAUGAAUCGGAAAGGAAAAAGAAAAAGAGAGCCUACACGGAUGAUGAAGAAGAGAAAAGCGAUCACGAGAGUGAAAAGAGAAGCCGACGAACCCGAGCCACGCCACUAAUCAACACUGGAAGCGAUGACGAGAGUGAAAAGAGAAGCCGACGAACCCGAGCCAACACUGGAAGCACCACAUCGAAAAAGCGUAAAGCUAUCAUCGAAGAUUCGGAAGAAACAUUAGCUAAUUUAGCUGAAACGAGUCGAACAAACAAGAAAACGGAUAAAACGAGCACUUAUCGUUUGCAGAAAGGGGAAAAGCCGACGAGAGUGAUUGGAAUGAAAUUGACAAGUGAUGGAUUGAUGGUACUGAUCGCUUUCGGCGAGCCCACAAAAGGAGAGUAUAAACCGUCGGCUUGUGAGAUGACUCCGUGCAAUGUUGCUCGUCAAUGGCCAGCAGCUAAUAAAUUACUACUCGAUUUUCUCAUUGGCGCCGCCGAGAAGCAACUCUCGACGUUUUCGGGAAAAGUUCACGAAUACGAGCGAGAUAGGGGAAGGAAA